AUGAACAUCGCUCCAUUUGUUGGCGCAGUUUUUGGUUUCCCAUGCGGUGGACACUUGAGUGAUAAGUCAAUAUUGUGGCUUUCAAAACGGAACGGUGGUUUCUAUGAGCCAGAGAUGCGUCUUUGGCUUGCUCUUCCUCUUGCUGUGGUUACCCCUGUGGGUAUCCUCAUGUUUGGACUAGGACUUGCCUAUGUGAGACCCUCCCGGAAUUUCUCGAUCAUUCUUACUAACGGACUACAGGGUAUUCACUGGGCCCUGCUUGCUGUUGGGUUUGGUAUAUUCGGGUUCGCAUUUGCAGCUAUCAGUGGGAUUGCCCUCUCCUAUCUUAUGGAUUGCUACCAAGACAUCAUUGGUGAUGCAUUGGUUGGUGUGAUAUUCAUGCGAAAUAUUUUCUCGGUCAUUGUCUUGUUUGUUCUGACCCCAUGGGUGAACCGUAUGGGCAUGCGGGACUUGCAUAUACUGGUCGCCGUUAUCGCUUUUGUGAUUCUUCUAAUGCCUAUCCCCCUUCUUAAGUGGGGCAAGCGAGCGAGAAUCGCCACUGCAUCACGGUAUAGAAAGAUGGCGGCGAAUCAGCUCAGCCACCGAACAGUCUAG